UCAACGCUGGACAUUCGAAACGGGUUCUGGCAUGUUGAAUUGACGGACGAAAGUAGUAAGGUGACGGCGUUUUGGACGCCAUUUGGGCGGUAUGUGUGGAAACGAUUGCCAUUUGGAUUGUCCUGUUCGCCAGAGAUUUUCCAGGCCAAGCUGCAACAAGCGUUGCACGGCUUGAAGGGAAUUGAAGUGUUAGUGGACGAUAUUUUGUGUGUUGGACGUGGACCAACGAACAAAGAAGCCGUUGCAGAUCACAACAGGAACCUGGAAGCGCUACUACAGCGUUGCCAAAAUAAGGGAAUUAAGCUGAACCGAUCGAAGAGCAAGCUGAAUCAAACGGAAGUGAGCUUUUUCGGUCAUGUGCUAUCGAAAGAAGGACUCAAACCGGAUCCAAACAAAACAGCAGCGAUUCGGAAUAUGCCGGAACCAAGAGAUGCAGCUGAACUUCUACGAUUUCUUGGCCUAGCAACAUACAUCAAAUUCAUACCGAAGCUAUCGGAAAUGAGCCGACCGCUUAGAGAAGUACUGAUUGCAGAGGAGUGGCAGUGGGGAAAGCAGCAAGCCAAAGCUUUUGGCGCAAUCAAGAAGACAAUAGGCGCUAUCUAUCCGCUAAGCCGCUAUCCGAUGUUCCGAAGCGAAUACAGCGAAUGAUUUUGAGUCUGCAGCGGUACGAUUUACAAGUCCAAUACGUCAAGGGGAAGGAUUUGAUUCUGGCCGACACACCGUCUCGAAACAUCGACAUCAAAAAUACUGCGAGAAGUGAGGAAGGUGAUCCGCUUUGGAAAACUAUCGAAGAGGUGAAUGCAUUGGAUAGCGUCGACAUCCAGCUAGAGCGGAUAAAACAAUCUACUCAGAAGGAUGAAACGUGCCAGAUUCUGAAGCAAUACAUCGUCCAUGGCUGGCCGAACGAUAAAGCAUCGGUAAAUGAGUGCGUGAAACCCUUCUUUGCGUUUCGAUCAGAAUUGGUGAUCCAGGAAGGCGUAAUCCUGAGGGGAAACCGCAUAGUGGUGCCUAACAAUAGUCGUCUCGAAGUUCUGAAGCUCUUGCACUAUAGUCAUCAAGGAGAGCAAGCGACGCUCCGCAAGGCAAGAGAUAUCGGCCUAAUAUCAAUGAUCACGUGCAAAAUAUGAUCAAAAACUGCCGCGUCUGCAACCAGUACAAGGACUGUCAGCGGUGUGAACCUAUGCAGAGCACGGAAGUUCCGGAACACCCGUUCCAAAUAGUAUCGAUGGACUUAGGAGAACUGACACACGAAGCGAGGAAGAAGAUUUUGCUAGUGUCGGUAGAUCAUUUCUCCAACUACUUCGAGGUGGACUUCCUGUGCAGUCAGAGAACAACGGAGCUGAUUGAUCAUUGCAAGAAAAACUUUAGUCGGAUGGGUAUUCCACGUAAAAUUAUCACCAAGUCAGCGCAACAGUUCCUAAGCCAAGAGUGGAAGCAAUUCAUGACAGACUACGGCAUUUCUCAUGUGACAAGUGCACCGUACCACCACGAGUCCAACGGAAAAGCCGAGUCUGCGAUCAAGAUUGCGAAGAACAUCAUCAAAAAUGCUCUGCAAGACAAGAAGGACAUUUGGCUGGCUAUAUUAGAUUGGAGAAACACACCACAGCUGGAUGGUUACACGCCGUCGCAAAAAGCGAUGGGAAGAAGGACGAGAGGCAUCCUUCCUGUUGCGAGUGACCAACUGCAAAUUCGAGCUGUGGAUACUAAAAGAGUUCGAAACAACAUCGAGCUACGGAAAGUGAAAUCAAAAUUUUACCAUGACCGAAAAUCUCAGGAGUUGCCGAAGCUGAUGAUGGGUCAAGCGGUAUUUGUUCAACUGAAGCCGGAGAAAACACCCGAGUGGACCCGAGGAAAGAUUAUGGAAUUGUUGAGCGACAGGGACUAUCAGGUGUUGGCGAACGGUGGAAGCUACCGCCGAAACAGAAAGUUCAUAAGGGAUGCGUACUCUACCGUGCAGCAACAAGAACCAACACAUCAAGAAUCCAGUGGGCGGAGCAUUGCUUCGCCAAGUGCUUUCUACAGCAUGGCGGAAGACAGUUGGAAUCCGAUCUCAAGCACUCCGAAACCAGUAGAUCGAAUAUCAAAGGAAUCAGAGGAACUAUCGACCCAAUCGCUAGCACAGCAGCACACAACGAUGAGACCAGCUACACCGAUUCCGUUAGGCGAAACAGAUAGACCAAGGCGAACGUCUACAACGGGAACAUUUGUGAACGAUCAGAAAUUCUGCAAAGAACAUCCGGGCUCGAGAGUUCUGUGUGAAGGUGACUUGAUUGGAAUAGGCACACCAUGCUUCCAGGAUGAAUCGUUCUACCGCGAAAACAGCCAUGUGCUGCUCUUCCAGGUCUGCAAGGAUCGUAAUCGGAUCGUUCGAGAGGGCGAGGUAGAGGUGAUAUUGUGCAGUGACGAUGAACCGGAAGAUAUCAAAGUGUUCGAUUUGGAAAUCCCCCCUGAACAGAACCAGACUCCAGCACCAGUUUCAGCCCCAGAAAUGGUUGCGGAGUGUAGGGAUGAGCGACUGUUCCGUAUCGUGGAUCGAAUCGAUUUAUCAUCAGAUGAUGAUGAAGGUCUACAUGUGUUGGAAUCGUGUGAUAGGCGGAUACGCAUUGAAGAAAGUGUUGCAAAAUCAACAGAAAUAGCUAUCAAUGAGUUGGAACAACAAAAACAUAUAAAGGAAGAACAGGCUAAUAAAGAAAACCGACACUACGAGAAGAGUGGCAUCGACGAGCUCUUAAAUAAGCAAAUUCAGAAAGCUAGCAAACCAAAGGAGGACGAUAAGAUACAAACGGAAAAAACAUCUAAAACAAAGGAUAAUGGACGAAAACGAUCCUACGAAGCAGAAUCAAGUUCCAGUCGGAGACAUGUAAAUAACGGCAAAGAUAGGGAAAAACGUAAAUGUAGUGAAUCCAGUUCAAAUUUGAACAAUCAUGCAUCUGAUAAAGAUGAAAAUCACGAACGUCGAGAUGUUCAAAAUGUUGAGAGUGAACAAAAAAACAAUGGAGCAGAUGUUAAAGCAAAGCAUAAAAAAGCUGAGACUGUGACAGAUCAAAUAGAUGAACUAUUUCAAGAUUCGUAUUCGUGUCAAAGCCCGGAGGGUUCUGAGGCUCAGAGUAAUAUACCAUUAAUAUCACUAGACGACAGCGAUGAGGCUGAAGAUGAAGUUGAUUUCAGCGAGCACGGUCUUACUCAGUCCUACUAUCGGCGCGUCAAAAAGGAAGCCCUCGAGGUUGAAUCACAAGAAGAGGAAGCAGAACAGGAACCUCUCAUUGUCCCGCAAAUUAAAGUUGAAAACGUUUCACCAAAAGCAACACCAAUUAUUUCAGAUGAUGCUCCAAUCUAUAUUACAGACGAUGAUGAGGACGAAAAUUAUUUGGAAGACUCUAAAAGAUGGUUUCAACGCUUGUCGCAAAAAAGUUCUCCUCUCAGAAACAAACAAAGUUCUGGUGAUGAAGUGUCUCCGAUUAUAAGGGUUUUACCAAGUGAAAAACCUAUCGAGCUUGACGAAUAUGGCUCCAGAGAUCUGGAUAUUCCGGACGAAAUUUUGGAUAUAUUAAAAGAACCAGAACCGAAAGUAUCCAAACCUGAAGUGUGUAUGCCCGGUAUUGAAAAACUUUCCUCGGAAGAUACGAAUGAAGAAAAGAAUACUGGAAUCGAGGAUGCAGAUAACUUUCUGGACAACUUCUUACAGGAACUUGACAAAACGGACAAAGAUAGUUCGAUUGUCGUGCCAAAUUCACACACUUCGCCUGCCAAAACACCUUCAGAGGUACCUCGUACGCCAAUUAAGGAAAAGAACUCCAAUAGUGCAAGCAAUGCGUGGAUUAGCAAAAAAGUUCCAUUUAUUGAACCGCAUCACAUAGUGAAGCGAAGAAUGAGCGUCAGCGCAGCAUCGCUGAAUAAAAAACCGCCAAAGAUUCCAAAACACUCCUUAGCUAAAAAACCAGAAGUCACAAAAGAAGCUCGUAAGCAAAAACUGAAAGAAAUAUCCACGAAGAAAAGUCUAGGAAAUGAGGGUGAUUCCAAAAAUUCCAAAACUCUAACCAAACCUAAAGUAAAAUUUACGCCAUGUAAUCGAGGAGCUUUUCUCACAGAGCAAAUACCAGGCCCAAGUAAAUCAUUAAAUCGUACCGAUGAUGCUGGCAGAGAAGACGUCGAUGAUUUUAUCUGUACUCAAUCGACUACACUUAAAAACGUUCCUCCGAUAGAUGAUUUAAUCGACAUUCACAUUACAAAAGCACCGAAGCUCACUUUUAACAGUGUCGCAAAGGUCAGCCGGGUUGCUCAAAAUGCACCUGCGUAUAAAAUACCAAAGCGUCAACCGGGAAUCGUGCAGAAACCAGCCUGUGAAUCGAUUUCAUCCAUCCUGGAAAACAUCCCGACUCCCGCAGCAUCUAAUUCUGUUUCACAGCCAAAACCAAAUAUUCUAAACUUUAAACAACCAGUGAAAUAUAAGCCGACUUCCAGCAACAACCCCCCUACCACACCAAUAUCGCGAUCUUCUCCACAUAUGAGGUCGAUUCUCAAAUCGCCUGGAGCCACGAUCAGCAAAUCUUCCUCAUCAAAAAAAGUGAAGUGGAGCGCAAAUCUAGUCGAAACGCGGACCUUUGAAAUAGAAGACGGCAAUUACAUGACAGUACCAACCAAGCUGUACAAGGACAAUACCGAUUUCUUCCGGGAUAUGUCGCAGGAAAGUUGCCAGAACGAAAUAAUUCAGGACAUCACCAGCUGGAAUGCGGAAUGGUUCGACAAUCCGUCGGAGGCGGCCAUCUGUGGGAAUCAAGCGCUACUGCCGAUGGUGGAAGAGUAUGCUGACUUUGAGGACUACAAGCGGAUCGUGUUGCCAAUACUGAAGACUGAGCUGUUUUACGACAUACUGGGCCAAUAUGUGGAGGUGAAGAAGCGCGCUCAAGAACCCAUCCAGAUGAAAGUCAACCAAACACGGGCGCAGGGGCGUACGUUCGUGAUGACCUGCAGCGUGGAGAGCAACAAGAAGCAAUCCAUCAACAACAAAGACUACGUAUUGAUAAUGUGCAGGGACCGAGACAGCGGUAAUACAAUACGUUUUCCAGCUGUCGUUACUGCGCGCCGUCAGCAGGUUCAGUAUUCAGGAGAAAAUGGUCUAAAAUUCUUCCACUGUACCAUCGAAACCGCUAAAAGCCCUAUUACACAGCGGAUAAAAGAUGGCCACGGCGAAGGUUAUCGGAUUCUUUCGCUCACGCAAAUUAAUCUCCACAUGAGACAGUUCCACGUGCUGUUCAAUCUGAAAAGUUCUCCUCUUUUGGAAAAUAUACUCUCCCCAAAGAGCAACUUUUACGCCUGCAAUAAUGAUAUAGACCGGCGCGCAUACAAGGGAAAGGUAAGUAACGGCUGGCAGCGGCGGUUUCCUCGCGAAUAUCAAUUAAUCCAAGAUCAUAUCCGAAAGGAGGCACUCAACGUCCAGCAAGGGGACAUUCUACUCAGCGUAUUCGGACAGUGCCUAGACAUGCGUCGGCCGCAUAUCAUGCUGAUCCAAGGACCACCCGGUACCGGGAAAUCGAGGCUGAUCAGCAAUUUGGUGCUGCAACUGCGGAGAGGCAUGCCGGAUCGUCAACCUAAAAUUCUAGUCUGUGCGCAAUCAAACACCGCCGUCGACGUAAUUGUGCUAAAACUGAUGAAGCUGUUCAGGUUGUUAAAUAAGGACGAACGGUGUAACUUGCUCCGUACUGGUUCAUCCAGUAAGGUUAAUCAUGAGUGUAGGAUAGUAUUUCUUGAUGACCUUGCUAGGAAGCACGUCGAUGAGCAGAUUAGAUGUCGCAGGCUUCGGGAUGAUGACCCUAUCUAUGAAGCAUAUUACUUAGAGGUCGAAAACCUUCAGAAAAAGAUAAACCACCUCAAGAACGCAACCAAUAGUAAAGGUAUUUUGCUGAAGGCAACGCAGUUAACAGAUGAGCUAAAUGAACUUGUGGAACGACGGGAUCAUAUCCGACAAAUGCUGCCGGAAAAACUCAAUGACAUGGACCUGCAUGACAAAGAUCGUCGGGGUAUGGAAAUGCAUGCCAAGAAACAGUUCGUAGCAAAAGCGGACGUAAUUUGCACAACCCUUGGUAGUUGUGGUAGUCUAAUGGAUUACACACAAUCGUUGAGGUUCGACGUGUGUAUCAUCGAUGAAGCAACGCAGUGCACAGAAAUAGCAUCCUUCACGCCGCUCCAGUUCGACGUAAGAAAACUCAUAUUGGUGGGAGAUGUAAAACAAUUACCACCCCUAGUUUUCGGAAAGGAAUGUGCAGAAGCCGGAUUAAAAAAUUCUUUGUUUUCAAGAAUCGCAGGUUCAUUCGUUGGUACGAACCUGGAGGGUGUCAAAAUGCUUACGACGCAGUAUCGUAUGCACCCAGAAAUUCUAAAGUGGCCAAAUGAGUAUUUCUACGAAGGAAAACUAACAAGUAAUCAGAAAGCGACCGAGUGUGACGCGUUUCCCUUUAAACCUUAUACAGUAUUCAGCUUGGAGUGUCAGCAAAAUCUAACACAGAUGGAGCAUGAAAUCUACAACAACGAAGAGAUUCAGUUUGUACAGAAACUGUUGUGCGAAAUCAUACAGUUCUGCGAAAGGCAUACGACAAUCGCCGUCAUCACGCCAUACAGCCGGCAUAAACGGGAGUGCGAGAAGUUUCUUUUCGCGAGAAAGAUCACACAGGUGUCGGUAUUGUCAAUCGACUCGGUACAAGGACAGGAAUACGACGUUGUAGUUAUUUCGUUAGCGAGAACGAUCGGCACAGGGUUCCUCGACAAUCCUCAACGGCUGAAUGUAGCUUUGACGCGUGCUAGGAAAUGCCUGAUCAUGUGCGGAAAUUUUGCUGACUUAAGGGAAGCAAACGUGUGGUCUGAAUUAUUGAGAGAUGCCGAGCAGCGGAAGGUGCUGUAUCACAUCGAGGAAGACGACGAAUAUGACGACGUGGAUACCUUUGUAGAGAAAGUGAUGCGACACCUACGAAAAAGUCCAAGUAAUGAUACCGUAACAUAAAACUUUUUGCAAUUACGUUAGAGAUUCUUUUUAACCCGCCUUAAAUAGUUAUACUCUCUAUGCAAAAUUUAUGAAGUUUUGCUUGGAACAUGUCUCCUAAGGAGAGUAAAAUGAUAAUAUGAGCAUUAUGUAGAAAAUGGUUAUGAACAGUCAGUACUUUAACAGUAGAAGACUGAUUAAUUUAGGUCUGUUACUUUUGCUAAUUGUGUUAAUAUAACUGGUUUUUAUUAAGUUCAAAUAUGUAAAUAUAAAGUUUUAUAUUUCGAAAACUACUUAAAUUUUUGCAAGACAAUAUAUACAAACGGGUCGUUUGCUACAAACUUGUUGA